AUGGCCUCUGACGAUCAGCAAUCCAGCAUGCUGGAAGCUCUACAGGAGAUUCAGCGCACGCAGGCUCUUCUAGUGAACGCGGUCGAAUCGCUUUCUGGUAGAUCGAUCGAAGAAUCAGGUGGAGAUGCUGGCAAGAACACCAUCCUUGAGCCAGGUUCUCGUGAAGAUGACAAUGAGGGUGGAACGCCUUCAGUAGAAGUUCCUGCUGCCUCUGGAGACAAAUUGAAAGCUCCUGCGCUUCCCUCACCCGACCAGCGCCAGCAGCAAGGAUUCACAUCGCGUAUUAUUCUGACGACUUACCCCAAGCAGAUUGGAAUUAAUCCUUUGCCCAUGGAAUGGGGGAAUCAAGACCCUGUUAAGCGUGGCCCUAUCGUAGUUUCAAGGGCUGCUUCUACUAUUCGACGUCGUAAUGGUUCGUCUCCGUUGGAGCCCAGUGAGUUAUCAAUCACCGUUCAAUUCGAGAGAAACUACGCUAAACAAGUGGUUAGUGGUGGUUCGUACUCGAUCUACUAUGCCCUCGCCGUCGCCAGUAACGAAUUGAACGCCGACCACCGUCCCGACUUCACCAACACCGAGCCGGCCGCGAACAUUGGCCCUUUCCCUCAAUGGGGAGACCCCAAGAAGAUUGUUGCCAUGGACCCCUGGGGACAUCUCGCUCCUUGGCUGUUCAAGGACACCAUCGAGAAGGACAACGUCGAUAUUCGACCGACCAUUGCCAUCACCAAGGCUCAUAUGAAGCUUCCUGAACUUGCCGAGAGUGUCAAGGCUGGCAGACUGGUACCCGAUGGCAAGGUUUGCCUGAAUGAUCAGGGUGAACUGGCAGUGACCAAGUUUGCCGUUGAACCAGUCUGGUACCUCCCCGGUGUGGCAGAGCGAUUCGGAAUUGACGAGGCCACCCUACGACGUUCCCUGUUUGAGCACACAGGAGGAAGCUACCCGGAGCUUAUCACCCGCGGAGACAUCAAAGUAUUCCUUCCUCCAAUUGGCGGUCUCACCGUGUACUGCUUCGGAGAUCCAGCCAAGAUGUCGGAUGAGUCGGUUCGACUGUCUCUGCGAAUCCACGACGAGUGCAACGGUAGCGACGUGUUCGGAUCUGAUAUCUGUACUUGCCGUCCUUACUUGAUCUUUGGUAUCGAGGAAGCUGUCAAAGAGGCUCAGAAUGGUGGCAGUGGUGUUGUCAUCUACUUCAGAAAGGAAGGCCUGGUCUACAACGCCCGUAAACGCGGAGCCGAUCGCGCAUCAGACUAUUUCAAGAGGACCGAGAACAUUGCAGGUGUCAAGGACAUGCGAUUCCAGGCUCUCAUGCCGGAUAUCCUGCACUGGCUGGGCAUCAAGAAGAUUGACAGGAUGCUUAGCAUGAGCAACAUGAAGCAUGAUGCGAUUGUCGGACAAGGAAUCCCUAUCCAUGAGAGGGUUGAGCUUCCAGAAGAACUGAUACCCGCUGACUCGCGAGUCGAAAUUGACGCCAAGAUUACAGCUGGCUAUUUUACCACUGGCAAACGUAUGACUACCGAAGAGCUCCAGGCGGUCCAGGGAAGAAUAUGGGAAGACUUCGAUCAUUAA